AUGCGUAUCCCGACUUUAGCAUGUUUGAUCGCAGUGGCGUUUGUCGUGUGCGUGGACGUGCACGCGUACUCGCACAACAACGCGCCACUGCGGAAACAUGGACAGAAGAGCGCUGGUUCGCACCACCCUCCGGAGCCACAGAAUCCCCGUGGACAUGGCAGGGGUAAUGAGCGUUCCAGCCAGAUAGACCAGGAGUUAGAAGGACAUUGUGACCCCAGAGUCGACUUGAGCUGCUUCCGCUGUCAACAUCCUAAAUUCGCCGGUGAGGGCGUGUCGUCGUCUCGUGUGAGGAACGGGGACCGCGACUGUGAAGACGGAUCGGAUGAAAAGGAUAGAGCUUGCACUGCAGAUAGUAAUGACUGUUUUGAAUGCUCGGACGGUUCGCGGAAAAUCAAAGAUGAGUUUAAAUGCGACAAUAUAGAAGACUGCUAUGAUGGAUCUGAUGAAGAGUAUUGUUACUAUCCAACGGGCGAUCUUUACACUUGCUACAGCACAGGAGAGAAGGUGGACAUGGCAUACACCUGCGAUAAUUACGACGAUUGUUCAGAUGGUUCUGACGAGUACUGCUUCCGAAGCAGCACAGGAGAAAUGGGCUAUUGUGAUGAUGACUGUGAGUACGAUGUCUUAUAUGAACAGGUGUGCGAUGGCGAGGUGGAUUCUUACAAUGGGAUGGACGAAAUGAAUUGCUUCCAGUGUGCUGAUGGACUGUACAAGAUCUGGGAAGAGUACUUGUUUGACGAUUACGAGGAUUGUCAGGAUGGCAGCGACGAGAGGCCAUCGGGCGGGCCAGAGAUCAUUGCACCGGUCAACCCUGUCCUUGAAGAGCCGGACGUGGUGGAAUCAUGCCAGUGGCAGGAGUGGGGUGCCUUCUCCGCCUGCAGUAAUGACUGCGGGGCAGGGACACGGUCUAAGACCAGGAGGUGCGUCUGCCAGACCACCAGCUGCACAUCCAAGGCGGACGAGACACAGACAGAAAAAUGUCGAGGGUCGAGUUGCCCAACUGAAGCCAUUAGCGGGUGUGGUACUCGCUCUUUGUCGGUGGCCCAGGGUCGUAUCGUCGGUGGAGAGGAUGCCGAAGUCGGUGCUUGGCCGUGGCAGGCCCAGCUUUUGUACAGGGGAAGCUUCAAAUGCGGUGGUACCCUCUACAAGAACAAAUACGUCAUCAGUGCGGCUCAUUGUUUUGACGGGAAGGACCAAGCCAGCAGCUGGUCGGUUCGACUCGGCAAUCGCUACACCUACCGCAACCCUAGCGGAAGUCAGAUCCACGAGAGCAAUGUGGAAUCCAUCCUGCGAUCGCCGAACCAGCCCUACAACUCCAGAACGUUCGACAAUGACAUCGUCGUCCUGGAGCUCACGACACCAGUAACGAACCCUACCGGCACCAUCAGCAAUGUCUGUGUCGACACCGACGCUGACAAGACGUUUGACUCCUCCUCCAACUGCUACAUUUCCGGCUUCGGAUUAACCGAAGACAAUGGUAACGUCGCCAGCAAACUGCAGGCAGCCGCCGUACCUUACAUCAGCGCUCAAUCCUGCGUGGAGUAUUAUGGAUUUGGAAUCACCAACAACAUGCUGUGUGCCGGGUUCCCAGCCUUAGGAGGGGUGGACUCCUGUCAGGGCGACUCGGGCGGGCCGUUGGUGUGCACCGCACCGGACGAUCCAUCCAACCCGCAAAGCCCCCACCGUUGGUAUUUGGUGGGCAUCACCAGCUGGGGCUACGGCUGUGCGCAGGUGGGCAUUCCUGGUGUGUACGCUGACGUGUCUCGAUUCGGGGAUUGGAUAAAAGGUCUGUCUUAAGCACCGCCCUCGCGCGUGUGCGGGUGCGCGUGCGCGUGCCUAGCCUCCGCGGUGCCCAAUCGUACCUGAUGUGGCGCCCUUGUGACAUUAUCACAAGUGCUUAUUAACAUAAUAGAAUUAAACAUAAUUGAAGACCUGAUGAAUAUUAUUAAGUUAUUGUAAGUAAUAGUACUUUUAAAGUCAUUUGAAAUCACCAAUGCGUUUACAAGUUUCACAGCUUUACUAAGACAUUUUGUUUCCAGUUUUUGUUGUUUUAUGAUUAACUUUGAUGAAGCCUUUAUUGAGCGUUUAUUAAGUGUUUAUUUUUAUAUUUGUUCCCCUAAUUUGUUCUUUAUUGCAAAUUUAUUCGCAUGUUUCUUUAAUUGGUGAAAUCUUGUUAUUGUUGCACACAGAUUUAAAAUUCACUUUUUAAUUAUUAUUUCUAUGUUUUUUUUUACAUAUUUUUGCCAAGAUGUAUUCGUUAUUUAUUGUUUUGCUCGUGAUGUUCACUGUGUAAAUUUCCUGCAAGAAACUUGUUCUUUAAAUCCAUUUAUUUGAAGAUUAUUUUAUCAAUCUGUUCGAGCAUGUUUCAAUUUUUUUUUACAAUUGUUUGAGCAACAAUUAUUUGUGCAAUGUUUCUUUGUGUGCAGUUUAUUUCACAUUUUCCUUCGUUUUUCUUCCAGCUACAAUAAAUGAUCAUUCGAGGUUCUUAACCAA